AUGGUGGAGCUGAUUCAAUCAGUGUUCGUCCGACAUGACUUUUACAGGGGCAAGCUCAUCACUAGAGUCGGGACAGUGAACCCUGUGUGCAACCAGACCAGGGAGCCAGGACCGUGUGGCGGCCACUAUCCUCGCUAUUACUUCGACAACGUGACCAAGACUUGCAAGAAGUUCGUCUACGGAGGAUGUCGGGGCAACGGAAACAACUUCGUAACUAUCGAGGAGUGUAAAAACACCUGCUGGGCUUCCCUGGAGCAGAAUGCUGCGGAGGAGGUUAAUGCCUUCGAAUUUCCACUCCAUCCAUUUGCACCACCUGAAGUGUGUACCUACCCGGCCGACUCGGGACACUGCAAGGCGUACAUGCCACGCUUCUUCUACAACACGGAGACGAAGAAAUGCGAGCAGUUUAUCUACGGAGGCUGCGGAGGCAACGCCAACAACUUCCUCACCUUCGAUGCCUGCGAGAAGAAGUGCCUGAAGGUCUUUGGCGUCAUUCCCCGCGCCUAAGAAAAAGGGAGCAUGUCUAUAGUGGAAGAGGAUGUAUUCGCGAGAAGUGCGACUGCAAUAGCUCCACGAAAAUAAAAGCGUCAAUAGGUACCGGAA